AUGGCUCGUACCAAGCAGACCGCUCGCAAAUCCACCGGAGGAAAGGCUCCCCGUAAGCAGCUGGCCACGAAGGCCGCUCGCAAAUCGGCACCGGCCACCGGGGGCGUGAAGAAGCCUCACCGCUACCGCCCAGGAACCGUCGCCCUUCGUGAGAUCCGUCGUUACCAGAAGUCGACCGAGUUGCUCAUCCGCAAACUGCCCUUCCAACGUCUCGUCCGUGAGAUCGCCCAGGAUUUCAAGACCGAUCUGCGUUUCCAGUCUUCGGCUGUGAUGGCUCUCCAGGAGGCCGCUGAGGCAUACCUCGUUGGUCUCUUCGAGGACACCAACCUUUGCGCCAUCCACGCUAAGCGUGUCACCAUCAUGCCCAAGGAUAUCCAGCUUGCUCGCCGCAUCCGCGGAGAGCGUGCGGCAGAUAAACAAGAGGACAAUUGGUCCUUCAAAGAACGUCUAAACGUCCACGUUCUUUGCGGUAGUCUUGAGCAGUUUACUAGUUGCCUUCUAGUACGAGGUCUCAUGAACGUUGUGUUUCUUGAACCGAGAACUGGACCAGUGCCAGAUUUGAUUCCAAGAGCAUGCUAA